CUAAGACCGCAAACAAUUGUUUUGUACUGAUUAUCAGGAAUCAGAGUGAUGGAGGAAAUAAUGGAAAUCGUGAAAGUUGAAAAUGCAGUAUUGAUGAGAGAUGCAACGUUAGAAAAUUUAUUUGAUCCAAAUAAUGUCCAAGAAACUAUUAUAAUGUCUGCUGAACAAGAAGAAUCUACUGACAUGAAAGUUAUUGCUCAUGGUGAUCAAAUUAUACAAAUUAUAACAGAUUAUGAAUGUGUAACAUGUCACCGUAUCUUUCAAUCGCAAGAUAUGUUAAAAGAACAUUUAGAUAUGUGCAGAGAAGAAGAUGAUUCUAAUAUUUUACAGUUAAGGAGUCUUGAAAAUUAUGAUUCAGAAGAUGAGGAGAAAGAUAACAAUUCAGAUUAUGUUAAUAAUUCUAAUAUGGAAGAUUCUAGUUCUAACAAUCAAAAAAACAAUAAUGAUAAGCCAGUAAUUAUACCAGUACCUGAUACACAAUGUCAUUGCUGUGCAGAAGAUUUGAACACUGCACACAGUGGUGGUGAAUUUAUGUGUCAACACUGUGACCUCUCAUUUAAAAAGAAAUCAUCUUUGGAGAGACAUAUUGUGGUAAUUCAUUGGCAGUGUGAUUCAUGUACCUGUAAAGAUUGUGGGCAGUCAUUUCGUGACAGGAAAUCAUUAAACAGACAUCGUUAUAUUACUCAUGCUGAUCGAAAAAUAUUCAGAUGUGAGCCUUGUGAUACUUAUUUUUCUCGAAGUUAUCAUUUAAAUCGUCACAUAAUGCAAUCUGGAUGUCAUGGAAAUAUUCUUAAUACAUAUAGUUGUCAAGUCUGUAAAAAGAUAUUUACACGUAAAGAUAAUUUACGUGAACAUUUACGGACUCAUGCUGGAACUCCUCAGAGACAAAAGAAACCUUGUAAAUAUUGUCCUAAAGAAUUCUUUACUAAUCAACAAUUGUUAAUUCAUGAACGUGUACAUACAGGAGAACGACCAGUUCAAUGCGAUCUAUGUCCAAAGACUUUUUUAUCUUCCCUUGCAUUAAAAAAACAUAGACGUGUACAUACAGGAGAAAAACCAUUUGAAUGUAAAUAUUGUAAAAAAAAAUUUGCUGCUCGCGAAACUUUAAAUCGUCACCAGAGAACUCAUACUGGCGAGAAACCUCAUGUUUGUCAAUAUUGUGCUAAGUCAUUUAUUCAGGCUGCUCAACUAAGGGCACAUAUAUUUCACCACACUGGUGAAAAUGGUUUCUAUUGCGAUGUGUGUGGAAAAGCAUUUAAUAGAAAAGCUCGUUUAAAUGUUCAUAAAAAAUUCGUUCAUGAAGGCGCAACUCCUUUUACAUGUCAAAUAUGUGAAAAGAGAUUUAUAAGAAGGGAAGACCUUGUUAAACAUGCAAUACUUCAUACAGGAAUUAAACCAUUUAAAUGUGAUAAAUGUACAAAAGCCUUUUCUACGAAGUCUUCUUUGCAAGCUCAUUUAAAUACCCAUAGGCGAGAACCGCCACAAUCAUGCGUCGAAUGUAAUAGAGUUUUUAUACGACAAGAUUGUUUAAUGAGACAUAUUAAAGCAAAACACCGUGACCUGCUGGAAGACGUAAUGAAUGAAGUUGAAAGAAAACAUCUACAAAUACAGUUAUAUAAUAUUGCUACAGUUGCUGCAGAGAAGACAAAAAACGGAGAGUCUACAAGACUUUCCACUGAUGAAUUAUUAAAAGCUAUCGCGGAUCUUUUGAAAAUAUUAAUUGAUGACGAUACACUUCAACUUUUUGGUUGGCCCGAAGCUCCAAUUCAAGAUAUUCUAGAAGCAGUAAUUAGGAGAUGUGGGCACCAGCCAUUAACAUCAGAAAGUAAUCUACUUUUUAAUGAAAGAUUAAGAGAAAACAUAAAACGAUUAUUUAUGGUUGUUAUAGAAGAUAAUACAGUCAAAUCUCUUUUAACAACGAAAACAAUUGAUGAUGUUAUUGUACACGUUUUAGAACUUUCAAAGGAAUUAUUGGAUAAUAUGACAAAUAUCAGAAUAUCAUCAAAAACAUUACAAAUGAACUUAGAAGAUAAUAGUGAUAAUAAAAGUGAUACUGAAAGCAGAGAUGAAAGUUCUUUAAAAUUAGAAGUACAAGAAUUAGGAAAGACAAGAAGAAAAUUUACGGAAAUGAAAUCUAAAAAGAAGAUUCAUGUGGGAGAAGAAUUUGAUAAUGAUAGUAGUAAUGAUGUUAAAAAUGUAACUGAAGGAAAUCCUGGUUGGGCAGAUGCCAUGCAAAAAAUUUUACAAACUAAAAAACCAAAACAUAGGAAAACUAUAGUUUUAUCAAAAGCAAAGAAGUUGUGUGAUGUGAAAAAUAAGGAGGAUGAAGGAUAUUUAUCAUUUGAAAUCGAGAAAACAAAAGAAGAAAAAAAAAGAAUAAAAGACAAUAUUCAAAAAUCACAUAUAGAUUUAAAAGAAAGAAGUAUAGGGAAGAAUUUAGGUGUAAGAAUAAAACCAAGUAUAAUGGAUAGAGAACGUGAAAGAACAUUACAAAAGAUUGCUACAAAAGGUGUUGUGCAAUUAUUUAAUGCAGUUAAACAACAGCAAAGUGAAAUUAACAAAAAAUUAUCAGAUGCUGGCCCAUUAGAAAGAAAACGUGAACAGGUACUUAAAAGUAUUGAUAAAUCUACAUUCUUGGAUGUUCUUAUGGGUAGUAGUAAAAGUAUUUCAGUAGAUAAUAAUAUAAAAAAUGAAGUGCAAGAAAAUAAAAAACACAAAGAAAAGGACAUAAAAAUUUGGAAUGUGUUGAGAGAAGAUUUUGUAAUGGGAACAAAAUUGAAAGAUUGGGAUCGUAAAGAUGAAAAUGAAGAUGAAGAUUCUUCAACACAUAAAGAUACAGAUACAGAUUAAAUUGUAAAACGACAUAAAGUAUUAAUACACAUAUAAAAAAUAAUAUAUAUGUGAUGAACUUAAAGGAUCCUCGAGUCGGCAGCAACAAUGCCGUCUACACAAAGAUCUGCAGAACGGAGCACCCCAGCAGCAAUAAGCGAAU